ACCUCCGGCAGACCUGAGACAGGAGCCCCGCUGACAGAGAGGAGACAGCGGGACAGAGCUCUCACUCUGAGCCGCUUUCCAACAACCAGCUUCACGUCCACUGUGUCGAUGACAGAGAUCAUCGAUCCGUGAGCACAGAUCAUCGAUCAUCGAUCAGAGAGUCAUCGAGUCAUCGAGGGUUGCGUCCGACGGGGUGUCUCGUAGAAGUGAGGGUUUUUUGUUUGUGCUGCGGAGUGAGAUAUGUUUCCAUAGACGAUCCUUAUCGAGCUAAGACUGACGUGUGGAAUGACGCGUGAUGCGUUCAGGUGAAACGUUUUCCUGAAAUACAACCUUUAUUUCAGAUUAUUUAUCGUGUAUUUAUAAAAUGCAGAUAAAAUCGUUUUAAAUUUAAUUAAUGGUGUUUCUUUCUCUGUUGUGUGUUUUAAAAACACAGUGUGUAGAUUUUUGCAAUCAUUUUUUAUAUUUAGUUGUGUCCGGUCAUCAGUGAGCGGUUCCAGUUGUUCCUACCGUCCCUGAAUGCAGCAGAGAUCAGGAUAAAUCUUUAAUAUAGUCUCACACAUUUCAUUGAUUUGUUUGAAGUCAUUUAAUUAAUUAAUUUUAAUUAACAAACUGGCAGUGACGUUUGACUCAACUUUAAUUUGAAAGUGCUGCACUUCCGGUUUAGCAGCCGUUUCCAUAGCGACGCAGCAGCGGACACGGAGGCAGUUUGUUUCUGUUGCUUUAGUUUGAAGGUUUCUGUGAAAGGUCAGAGGUCAACUACUGUCACAACAACAACAAACCAUCGACAACAACAACAACAUGUCCUCACACAGGAUGGGUGUAGUCAGAGACUCCAUGUUGACCAAUCCGCUGAUGAUCAAGGUGUCUCUUGGUCAGUCCAGGUCCAGAGGUUUUUUACGUCCUGGUCCAGAUUUUACUUUUGGAACCAGCAGCAGCUCGAUGCAGAAUGGAGGCGUGGCCGAGGUUCUGUCCAGCUGGAGGGUUCAGCCCAGAGGUGAAGCCGCGGAUCCUCACAGGGUUCUGGUUCCGGACUUCGUGUCCCUGAACCGGAACGCGGUGAAGGCGGGACUGGUCACGUCCAAUGAGCUGCGUCAGUACCGGGCCCAGCUGGGGGGGGGCAAGACAAAACAUCCGGAACCCAAACUGCAGGAGGGCGGGGCUUCACAGAAGCUGGUAGUUCCUGACAUCACAACCAGGGAUGUGUCCGUCAGGCCCGCCUCUCCUCUGUCACACCUCCUCUCUCAUCAGUACGCUCACCGCUGGAAGGAGGAGCAGCUGAGCAGGAUUCAAACCAGCAACCACAACCAGCAGCUCAGGACUAAACCAGGUUCCGACACCAGGACCAGUCUUCUGAGGAGGAGCAGACCACUUCCUGUCCCGCGAUCCCAGGUCACAUGGCAGCACUUCAACCAGGUAACUCCACGGUCAUGUGACUCUUCCCAGAUGGCCCAGAGGAUCCUGGAGCUCUGGACCCAGAGGCUCUCCAUCCAGGAAAAGGACCUCCUGAGGGCCUACCAGAGGGGGGAGACCACACCAGAGGCUGCAGACCCCUACCCUUAA